CCUUGCUCUAACUGUGGUGAGUUCUCAGUCAUUCCCCUGUCUGACCGCAUUUAAGAAGGCAGGCAACCAGACAGCUUCAUUACUAUGGCUGAUUCAGUUCGUUUUCCCUGUAUGCCAUUCCCACCUUGCUUCCUGGUCUGCACAAGAGAUGACAUCUAUGAGGAUGAACAUGGUAGACAGUGGGUAGCUGCAAAAGUGGAAACUUCUUCUCAUUCACCAUAUUGCAGCAAGAUUGAAACCUGUGUAACUGUCCACUUGUGGCAGAUGACCACACUCUUCCAGGAGCCUAGUCCCGACUCUCUCAAGACUUUCAACUUUCUACCCAGGACAUGGAGAUUAGAGUCCAGGAACACAUACCGGGGAGCAGAUGCCAUGCACUGGAGAUUAGUGAAUCAUUCCCAGUUUUAUGGCACAGAGGAACUGGUCCUGAUGCUGGAUUCAAGGUAACUGACUAAUGGAAGCUGCUGGGAAGGUCUUGAUAGCCUGGCUGGCUCCUGCCCCUGUGCCCUUGGGGCAGACUUUGCACCCACCUCUCUGCUUGUUCCUCAAGUUUCUAGUUCUACAACACCUCCUGCCAUGGUCUUUUUACAUGAUCUUCUUUCUGUGAGCCUGGCCUAUCUGUGGCUUGACGGUUCUCCCUAGCUGGAGGCAAACUGCAUCUUCUCUUGCUCACUUUGUGCCUUUGACACUGACCUUAUAGAUGGCUCUUAAGACCCCUCUUCUCUUCAAAAUCCUACACCUGGGCUUCUAGUGCCUUGUGUGGCAGGAGAUUUGUCCCCAUUUACCUUAGGAGUUCUAGAGGUGCCCCUAAAGGAGGUACAGAUAGAGACUCUAUGCCGUGUGGGCCUCUGAGCCAUCACUGGCAAGAAGUUCGCCUGGUGCUGGGUAGAGGACACUCAGUGCUCAGUAGCUUGAAGGCACAGUGGGAGACUUACAGAGAACAUCUGGAGGACUUGUCCAGGUGCUCAGUUCCUUGGCUCCAGGAAGUGAUGCUGACCCUAGACCCCUCCCAACCCCAACUUGUUUUUAACUAAUUAAACUUUACUGUUUUUACUUAA